AUAGCUGUAACUUAAAUUUUGGUUUUUGGUCAAAAUCUAAAUCUCAUCAUCAUCAUCAUCAUCAUUAUCUUCUCGCAGAAACUCUGAAUUUCAACAAGGUUUGUGAUUUUUGUGAUAGAAGUCACACAAAAACAAAAAAAAAAAUGACAAGAAGAUGGUCCUUUUACAUGGAUUUUCUACCAGUUGUGGUGAUCAUAGGCUUUGAAUGUAUUGACAUGGGUUUACUCACUUUGUUCAAAGCAGCAACACUUCAAGGGAUGAACAAUCAUGUCUUUAUUGCUUAUGCUUAUGUUGUUGGUACUUCUGUUCUUCUCCCUGUCACUCUUUUCACCAGAAGAUCUAGAGUGGUUCCUCCACUCAGUUUCUCCAUAAUAUGGAAAAGUGUACUUCUUGGGGCAAUAGGAUGUGCAUCUCAGAUUCUAGGGUAUAUUGGUAUAAAUUACAGUUCUCCAACACUUGCUUCAGCAAUUGCUAAUCUAGUACCUGCUUUCACUUUCAUGCUAGCUGUCACUUUCAGGAUGGAAAAGUUGGUUGCAAUGAGUAGAAGUAGUAAUGCUAAGGUAAUAGGAAGCAUAAUCUCAAUAGCAGGUGCUUUUGUGUUGACUUUUUACAAAGGACCAUCUAUAAUGAAUUCUUCAUCACUUCAUCAACCAAUUGACUUUCUCAAAUCAGUGAAUUCAAGUUGGGCCAUUGCAGGCAUUAUACUAACAGCUGACUACUUUCUGCUUUCUCUAUGGUACAUUUUACAGGUACAUAUCUUGAAAGAGUUUCCAGAUGAACUAACUUUAGUCUUGUUAUACUCCAUAACUGCAACAAUCAUAUCUAUAGUUGUAGCUUUGUUAUCAGUUCCAGAUGCAAGUGCUUGGAAAAUAGGACUAAAUCUCUCACUGAUUUCCAUUGUUUCUUCUGGAAUAUUUGGAAAGUUAAUAGGCAAUAUAAUUUAUGCUUGGUCAGUUCACUUAAAAGGGGCUGUCUAUGUAACCUCAUUCAUGCCAUUUCAAAUUGUUAUUUCUGUUGGCUUAGGAGUUAUAUUCCUUGGUGAUACUCUUCAUAUUGGAAGUAUAAUUGGAGCAACAAUAAUCUCAAUUGGUCUAUAUGGUGUAUUAUGGGGCAAAGCAACAGAAGAGAUAGAGGAAGAUGUUGGUAGUUUGGAGUCACCAUCUAUAGAGAAUGCACCAUUGUUGCAAAGUUAUAGAAUUGAAACUUUUGAAAAGAAAACGAAUAUAAAUGUUUAAAAAUACAGUUAUUACAUCGAGAUUCAAUUAUGAACCAAAAGCUCUAUAAGUCGAUUCAUGAAUCAAAUCUUAUAACAAAUCGUAAGAUACAAUGUGAUAAAAAUAUAACAUUUUGACACAA